AUUCCAUGCGGGCGGACGGGGCGGAUGAACGAUAUCGAUAUCGUCUCGGUUAAAUUUAGGUGUCGAAAAAAGCGAUAAGAGCUCCCUAAAUUUCGAAAUUUUUCCCCAAAAAAAAUGUGCGGCGACAAAAGCUUCAAUUAGCAUUUAAAGAAGCCGCAUCAUCGCGAUCCCAUCAUUAAAAUCCCUGUAAAUGGAGGAGGACGUGCUGAAUGCCCUGCAGACGAGAUGCGCCUAUUUAUCCGGCGGAUUCGACCGCCAGAAGCGCAUCAUCUUCGUGGUCCACGCGUUCAACGAUCUGCAGCUGUGGAAUCGCCGCUAUCUGCAGGUGACUCUGGACUAUCUGAAGCGGUCUCUCAGCGCUUCGGUCUUGCAGAACGGAGUGAGUGUGGUGGUCAAUGCCCAGGAGAGUAGUUCGCGGAUCUCGCGCCAGCAGGUGCGCCAAAUAUACGCCCUCUUCGGGGGCGACAUCAACGUGGAUCUGUAUCUAGUCAGGGCGGGGGGCUUCUGGGAGAAGCAUGUGGAGCCGUGCACCAAGUCCCAGGUCAAGGGAGAGCCCCUGGUGCUGUCGAAGGCGAGGCUGGGCAAGUUCAUAGAGCCGCAGAACCUGCCGGAGGAGCUGGGCGGCACCUUGCAGUUCAACUACGAUCUGUGGCUGCAGCAGCGCAAGUCCAUCGACGAGUUUACCAAGGCACAUGUGCGGACUUUGGGGUCGAUGGAAAAGCUGCUGGCUCUUCUUCGGGGGCACAAAUCUCUGCGGCCAGCGGAAGCGGAUGUGGAGCUGAAGCAGUGCGCCCAGUUGCAUGCCGGUGUCCAAAGUGACAUAGAAUCGGCGAUUGACAUGGGUAACGCGAUCUUGGCCCGUUUCAACGAGGUCUACGAGCCGCAUUCAGCGCCGCCACAAGCGGUCGCACCUGCCUCGGACUCCCCCCUGAACCCCCCUCCCCACUCCACCUGUAACCCCCCGCAAAAGCCCCCUCUGCCACCGGACCUCGUUUGUGAACGUGCCCGCAUCGAGUUGCGAUUGAAUGAGAUCGAGAAGAAACAGACCGCCAUUCGGACCGCCUGGCUGGAAUUGCUGCGAUCUUUAAGGGAGGCACGCGAACUCUGCACUUUGGAGGAGGGCGUGUCCUUUGUCACCAACUGGAUCCUGCAGCAGGCGGAGGACCUACUCAGUCGCCAGAGGAGCAUUGCCGGAGAUGUCCGGGGUUGCGAGGUCCUGCGAUCCGCCCACGAUCAACUGGAACUGGAGUGCCGGGAAACCUACGGUUGCUAUGCGGAGUUGCUCUACAAGAUCGAACGAUUCGCGGGGGAGAGGCAGGCAUCUGCCAAGGACAUAGAUAUGUGCCAGGAUCUGCUCUCGCAGCGGGAUUUCAUGCAGUUCGUGUGCCGUUCUUUUGCCAAGAGACUGGAGCGACGGAGGAAUGUCCUGAUGACCGCCUUGCGAUUCCAUCGCCUUCUUGAUCAAUUCGAGGAGCUGCUGGCCACUGGCAACCAUGUGGUGGAGGUGGACAGUCGAUCGCUGGAUUGGCCCGAGGCGGAGCAGCUACUCAUGCAGCUCAAGAACAACCAGCAGAUGUUAACCCACGUCGAGCGCGAACUUGUGCGUGAAGGUGAAAAGCUGAGCGACAUGCUGGCGAUGCCGGUGAAAGACGCUCUGGGCCGUGACCUCCAGCUGGACUACAGUGCGGAGAUCGCCCAGCUGCGCCGGCAGAUCGACGAGAGUCGGCGGCGACGUCAGGUGUGCGGCCAUCGGCUGGCGCUGCAGCGGCUCACCUUGGAGCAGGUGACCCACAUCCACGCCUAUGAGGAGGACGCGCGGAGGGCGCGGGACUGGCUGCAGGAGCUGUAUGCGGUGUUGCUGCGCUGCCACUCCCAUGUUGGCUGCAACAUCCACGAGAUACAGCUGCAGAAGGACGAGCUGGGGGGGUUCGAGGAAACCGGACGGAGCAUCUACCACUAUGGCUGUCAAUUGCUGGAGGCUUCCCAAACGCUGAGACUCUGCUGCAAUUUGGAUCCCUCUGGAUCUAGGCCAGAAGCCCAUCCCGGCCAGAGUUUAAUCGGCGAUGAACUGCAGUACACGUGGCACAGUCUGCAGUCCGUGGCGCAGGAGCAGAUGACCAGACUGCGGGUCUCCGCCGUUUUCCAUCGCAGUGUGGAGGCGUACUACCGGCAAUUGAGGGAACUGAGACCUCUCCUGACCCAGGAGUUAUCCGCCCAGUUGCAACAGCAGCAGAGGCAGCAGCACAAUCGCAGUAGCAGUGGCAUCAGUAGUGAUGCUGAGGGAGAAAUGGACUCGGAACUAUCUCCACUGGGAGAAAUGCCCCCGCGAUUGCAGAGGCAUCUGGUGGCCAGGGAGCAGCUCCUCGUGGAGGUGGGAAGAAUGGUCAGACUGGGAAGACUGCUGAAGAAGCGUCUUAAGGAGCCCUUCGUCUUGGAUGCACUGACAGGAAAGAGUGUCGUGGCCGAUGAACUUCCUCUGGACUGCAGUCCAAGUCCACUCCAUGACAGUGGAAGGACGAGCAGUGCUGGAAGUGAGGCACCUGGGGAAUCCCAGCCAGCCACUGUGCAGGUGGUGCCCACGGGGAGCAACGAACUGGCCUGCGCUGCCAUUUCCCACAAACUGGGAGCCAUUGCCGAGGUGGCCGAAUCCCUGGACGCAGUCAUCCGGGAUGUCCAGCAGCAGGAGGGAGCAGCUGGAGGAGGAAUCAGCAAUGGCAGCGGAGCUCAUGGCAUCAAGAAACUGGGAAGCAUUGAGGACUGGCACUCCCGAUCCACAGAGGACGAGUCCUUCGCCACCGCCUCCGAGGGCAACUUCACGCCCAACUCGCACUCCUCCUCCUUCCAAACGGCCUCCGGACGCACUAGCUCCUACAUCGGAUCGGCCAAGAACUCCUUCGACGAGGCGGACGACUCCACUUUGAGCACCUUCGAGAUACCCGAACUGCCGCCUUCCCCGGUCAACAUGUCCUUCGAUAGCUCCGAACUGAGCUACUUCUCGGCCCGUCAGCAGAGGAUGAAGAGUGAGGAUCAGGACAGUGUGGUGGGCGUGGCUGAGUUGCACAGUCAGAGUGUUACGCCCACGCCAGAUGAGGAGCAGCAGCAGCAGCUACUGCUGCCACUGCAACUGCCCCAGGCCAUCGAAUCGGAUAGUGAGGUGGAGGGAUUCAGUUUGGCCACUGGGAUUACGACGGAGGAGGUCCCCAGGAUAUCCAAUGCACACACGCCGGAGAGUCCGGAGAAAAUCUACAUCAAAGUGGUUGAACUGGAGCCAAAGAUCACUGCACUGGGAGAAAAUCUAGACGAAUCGGUGCGCAUGCAAAGGGAGCACGAUGAUACACUCCGCAAUCUACAGAGCCUGCCCGGACCCAUGGAUGAGUUCGUCCAGAAGGCAGACAAACUGCUGGCCAGCAAGCGGAUCAGUUCCGAGCUGGUCAACGCCAUGGCCGAUACUCUCAACAUCAUCUGGCAGGACAUCCUGAAUCUGCUGCAAGAUCGCCAGCACCUUCUGAUCCUGUGCACACAGUUCCACGACAAGAUGACGCAGUGCUUCAGAAAGAUGGACCAACUGGAGUUGGCCUGCGAGGAGACCCUCCAUCCGCCGGAUGUGCCACGCGUUCAAGAGUUCCUCAACAGAUUCAAGCAACUGCGGAUAGACAUGCUGACCGGUGUGAUGGCCGCCCUGAAAGAUGGCAACGAACUGCUGGCCCAACUGGAGGAGCUGGAAAAGCUGGAGACCCUCGACACAAGACCGGAGCACAUCAAACGCGAUGCCACGAGGGCGGUGCACCAGGUGCAGCAGUGGCUGGAGGCCCUCCACGAUCGAAGGAACUCCCUGGAACUUGCCUGGCAGACGAGGAAGACCCAAAUGGAGCAGUGUCUGGCAUUGGCUUUGCUGGGCAGGGAACUAGUCGACUUGGAGGCAGCUCUUCAACAAGCCAGAAUGGAGCUGAACACCAUGUACAGUCUGGGGGAAUGCGAGCACACGGCCAACGAAAUGCUCACCAAGUACAGGGAGUGGAAACAACAAGCUCUGCUCCUCCGAGAUCGAGCUCUGAAGAUCACGCGGGCCAAGGAGAAGGUGCAAUCCGCUGGACACUUCACCGAGGACGAGGCAUGUGCUCGAGCCUAUGCCGUUUUGAGUGGCUGCACGGAGCACCUGGAUCUGGUGGAUCAGCGGGAACACUGGCUGCACCAAUCCCGCGAGUUCUUCGCCAAGGCCGAGCACACUUUGAGUGUCCUGGAGAAACUGGAACUGGAGCUGGCCAGCGUGAAACUACCUCCUCAUUCCCCCGAGAGCUAUGCCAUGUUCACGAAAGUGGAUCGGGAUGUGCGAAACUUCACCGAGGAGCCCUUGCGUUUGGGCUAUGGCAUCCUCGACGAAGUGGGCAGGACUCAGCCGGAGACUCAGGGUGUGAAGAGGGUCCUGGAUGAGCUGGAGAACCGCAAGGUCUAUAUCCAGGGCAUCUGCGCCCACAGCAACGAGGAUCAGCAGAAGGUUCAAAGGGCACUGAGCGAAUUCCUGACCCAUCACAACGAGCUUUUGGCCUGGCUUAGAGCCUCAGGACAACUGCAACUCCAGCAGAGUGUGGAUAUGGGCCGAAAUCUCCAGCAGGCCAAGCAGUUUCUACUCCAGCAUCAUGAACUCAUGCAGGAUUUGGAGAUAAAAGGUGAACUAAUCAACCUGCUGCUGGAGUCUAUUAAGGUCCAUCUAGAGUCCCUGAGUCCGCAGGAGCGCUACGACGUGGACUCCAAGGCUGAAUCCCUGCACAAACACUGGAUUGAACUGAAGGACCUGGUGCUCAAACGUGUGGACUACGUCUCCCUGCUGAUAGACUUCUUCGAGUUGGCCAACGAGCUCUCCAGUCAACUGGACAACCUGCAGCGUCAACUCCAGCAAACUCCUGACGAGCACAAACUGCAAUUCCUCCAGGCCACUUGGACGGGCAUUGCAGCCACUUUCGGCGAACUGAAGUCCCGCGGACAGCGAUUCAUCAACUUGAAAAUUGUGGAUCCAUACCUCGAGACCAAAUCCUCGGCACAGGCGGUGCAAGACGCGCUGAACGACUUCAGUAAGCGGCAGGUCGACGUGACGAGCAGUUUGGAGAAUUGGACGACGAACAUUGCGGAGAAGCGCCAAGUCGAAUAUUUGCUCGAGAAAGUCAUGAGCGACAACGAAGAGACCGUGGCCAAGAGCACUCAGGUGGACACCCAGUUGUAUCCCGUGUUCACCUCCCAAAGUGUGGACUCCAAGCAGUUGCUAAUCAGCACUCGCGAAAAGCUCACUCAUGUGACCCAGGACAUCGAAAGGGCCCAGGAUGAGAUACAGCAGCGCAUCCAGACCACGCUGGGCAUCCAGACGAAGGAUCAGCCAUCGCUGGCCAAGAUCGAGCAGGUGAUCAACAACCUGCGCAUGCUGAAGGCCAAGUUGGAUGGAAUCAAGUACGAUUACCGCACUUUGGUGGAGAGUGUGGUGCAGUUCCUGGAGAACAUAGUGCAGUUGCGUCGCGAAAUAGACGAAUACUUUGCGAGGAACAACCAACAGCAGCCCGCUUCCGGCGCAGAUCGGAGUAUCGCGGAGCACGAGAAAUUCCGCGAUCAGUGCAUGGAUAAAUUUAGAUCGCUAAUCACACAAUCCGAACUGCUGAUCGAUCGGGUGCGCAUACUGGAGCCGCCGGGAGCCCGCGAAAUCGACACCGAUCGCAUACUGAAACUGCUCGAGAACCUGCGAUUGCACUUCGAGUCGAACAGCAGUGCCCGCAUGUCGACGCUGGAGCGUCUGGAGAAGAUCGAGCAGUUCCGCUCCGAUCUGGAGGACAUCGACAGGAGUCUGGACAGCGUUAGCCAGCAGCUCCACGAGAUCAACAACCAGAGUGUCGACAGUUUGGCGGCGGCCAAGACCACGUCGCUGGCGUUCGAGUAUUUUGAACGGACCAUAGAGUUGCUCGAGAAGCGGAUCGAGAAGUUUACGGAGUCCACGAGCCAGCAACUUUUGAUUAGCAAUCCCGAGAGUGAGCGUUACGUCAAGGACGAACUGCGAAAACUCAACGACAAAUGGCAGAGCUUCAAGGAUCAGGUGAAGCAAAAACGAAAGAGCCUCAACCAGGCAACCGAGUUCUUCGAGGUGGUCGAAAAGAUCGACGCGGAGUACCGUGAGAUUAGUUACUUCUACACCAGCGUCUCCAAUAAGGUUCCCUACCUCCGCGAUUCCGUGGAGGCGGGCAACUUGGUCAACGAUAUCGAGAACUAUGUGACCAGUCGAGAGUCCGCCCUGCGUUCCAAGUUGGACAGUGCCUCGCAAUGUGCCCACGACAUGAACAAGGUCUCCACCUUGUACAACGAUGUGAUGAACAUCUUCCAGUCCUUCAUCAAGCUCAAGAUGGACAUCAAUGUGGUGCAGGAGCGACUGCAGCAAGAGCAGCGCCAAAAGGAGCAGAGGGAACGGGAGGCUCGGGAUCAGGCGGAAAGGGACAAGGCCAUGAGGGAGGCGGAGGCCAAGGAAAGGUUGUUCAGGGAGGAGCAAUCCCGACUGGAGAGCCAACGACAGCAGGCGGCCAUCGAGCAGGCCCAAAGGGAACUGGCGGCCAGGGAGUUGGCUCUAAGGGAGCAAGCUGUGCGGGAAGAGGAGUCCCGUUUGCAGGCCAUUCGCGAGCAGGCCACGCGAGAGCAGUUGGCCAGGGAACAUGCGGCCAGAGAGGAGGAGUCCCGCAUCCAGGCACUCAGGGACAUUGCUCGCAGGGAGGAGGAAGUGCGUCUGCAGAGCAAGCGGGAUGAGGAAACUCGCAUUCGUCGCGAGGAGGAGGAGCGAUUCCGCAGGGAAAACGAAUCCCGUUCGAAACGCGAGGAGGAGGCACGCAUUCAGCGCGAGGAGAUCUCCAGACUGCAAUCACUUCGCGAUCAGGUGGAUCAGCAGCGCACGGUAACCGAAAACAUCCGAAAGGACAUUCAGGUGAACUCCAUUUUCACGGAACUGCGCUAUGCCUCGCCACUCUUCAUUCGUCCUCUAAAGGAUGCCGUAACUCGCGAAGGAGAUCGUUUCGUGUUCGAAUGCGAAGUCACGGGAACUCCAGAGCCCGCCGUGGAAUGGUUCAAGGAUGGCAUCAGUAUCCAGAAUAAUUCUGAUUACAAAACCACCUUCGACAAGGGAAUCUGCAAGCUGGUGAUCGAGGAGACCUUUGCUGCCGAUUCAGCCCGUUUCAGUUGCCGUGCUUCGAAUCUGGUGGGAACCUGCGAUACUAAUGCCACCUUGUCUGUUCGGGAAAAUGCCGCUGAAGUCCAGUUGGUGCCACCAAGGAUCCUGCGAUUCCUGGAGAGCGGCAAGGCCACCGAAGGCAGUUCCUUUCGCUUCGCUUGUGUGGUGGCUGGAGUUCCCCUGCCCACAGUUCAGUGGUUCAAAAAUGACAAGUGCAUCGAUGAUUCUCCUGACUACGUGAUUAGCUACAACAAUGGAGAGGCCACUCUAAAGUUCGAGGAGGUUUUCCUAGAGGACGAUGCUGUGUACACCUGCAGUGCCUCAAAUCCGGCGGGUAUUGAACACUGUUCGGCUUCACUUAUUGUGGAACCUUUGGAGCCCACAGAGUUGCCCAGUUUUAAGGUUCCUCUAUCUAAUGCAAUGGCUCGAGUGGGUCAGAAGAUCAAACUGGAGGCUAUCGUGAGUGGAAUUCCUAGGCCAGAAGUCUACUGGCUGCACAAUGGCAAACCCUUCCAGCCACGCGAUUCCAAGUACGAAUACGGCCGCGUAACGCUGAUAAUCCCGCAGGCCUAUCCAAACGACGCCGGAUCCUACGUCCUGAGCGCCAAGAACUUAGCUGGCGAGGCCUAUACCAGUUGCAACGUGAUAGUGAAGGGUCGCCUGCCCAACGAGACCUCCGAUUCCGAGAUGGCCAGUGACAUAGAGCCCAUCAAGCCGGCCGUGCAUCUGCCGCUGAAGGAUGUAUCCAUAUUCGAGGGCAAACCUGUGCGGCUGGACUGCGUGAUUGUGGGUCAACCGGAGCCAGAGGUGAUCUGGUAUCAUAAUGAGCGACCUGUCAAGGAAUCCGCCGACGUGCAGUUGCUCUUCCAAGGGGACAGGUGCUCCCUGAUCAUCCAAGAGGUUUACCAAGAGGACGCAGGUCACUACAAAGUGGUGGCUAUAAAUUCUGCGGGCGAAGCCUCUAGCAAUUGUGAGCUCAAGGUGACUCCCCUGAAUCAAGCGGAACCAGCCACACGGGCUCAGGCGGAAAGGCAAUCCCUGCCCAAGGAUUCGCAGCCCAAGUUCGAACGACUUCUCUCCGAUGUUUUGGCCGACGAAGGCGAGCAGGUAAUCCUGGAAGUCCAGGCCAGUGGUGAUCAACCCUUGACCGCUCAGUGGUUCCUGACCAACAAGGAACUCCAGUUGGAUCAAAGGAUCACCACCCAAUCCGACUCCGAACUGGGCAUCUUUAAACUUAUCCUGAACAAUGUGAGUGGCGAUGACAAAGGAGUGUAUACGGUGAAGGUCACCAAUCCAGCGGGAGAUGCCAAGUGCUUUUCGCAUCUGAUAGUGAAAUCGGUGAAUGCACCUGAAAAUCGUAGAAGUAGUCAGUCUUCGGUAGAAAUUGUCGACCGCCAUCAGUGUCCAGAAUUCAAAGAACUCUUCAGCGACAAACAAGGCGAAAUUGAUGAGGUGAUCAAGUUCGAGUGCAUUGUCAAGGGCAAACCGACACCUAAAGUCCAUUGGUUCUUCAACGAUCAACCCGUUCAUGGUCACAAUUUCCUGGUCUCAACAAGUGGAGAACGUCAGGUGUUGACCAUUCAGAAGUUGACCCAUGAUGCCGUGGGCAAAAUCAGCUGUGUGGCUGAAAACGAGGCAGGCAAGGCAACCUGUGUGGCCUUCUUGAAUAUCCUUGGAAGUGGAUUGCCCGCCUCUAGUGAUGUUCAGACAAUGAGCCAGGAACACAACACGGAGUCGUCGAGAGUUACUAUUAAAAAGCAAACCUUCACCACAACCUCCACAUCGCAGGUCAACUCGUAUGAGGGAAAUGCCCCCCAGACCGAAGUUCAUCACUCCUCCGCUCACAUUGAUCAAUCGCUGAAGCAACUUGGCCAACAGCGACCCGAGAUCGUGGAGAGUCAUCACUACCAGGAGCUGCACAAGAGCAAGGAGAUGAGCAGUCCCAGUGUGCAGCAGAAGUCCUUUAAUUUCAUCCAGUCCAGUGCCUCCAAUGGACAAUCCGCCGUGGCCAUCCCAGAUUCGCCCACUCGCCUCAGGAGGGAAAUCGCACCCAGGUUCACCACUCCCCUCAGCGGAAAGAUCGUGGACCAGGGCACCGAUGUCAGCAUGGAGGCCAUCUACGACGGCUUUCCCUCGCCCGAGAUCAAGGUGGAGAAGAACGGAGGUCAGCUGUUCGACGACGCCCACACCAAGAUCUCCAACAAGUGCAAUCGCGUGACCAUCGAACUCAAACAGGUGGGCGUGGCCGAUGCGGGACGCUAUGCCGUGACCGCCUCCAAUACGGUGGGUCAGUCCACCAGCACUGCGGAUUUGGUAGUUAAAAAGACCAUAUUCCCGCCUGUGUUUGGGCGACGUCUGCAGGCUCAAGUCAGCAAGAAGGGCGAGAAACUAAUCAUGGAGGUUGAGGUCACAGGAUUGCCCGAACCCACUGUCACCUGGCUGAAGGACGACAAGCCACUGAAGGAUGCAGGCAUCUCCGAGCAUCGCCUGCUGGCCCAGGGCAACUCAUACAGACUAAUAAUCGAGAAGGCGCAAACCUCUGACUCUGGAAAGUACAUGGUGCGUGCCACAAAUGCAGGAGGUGAGGCCAAGAGCAUUGCCGACUGCGCUAUUUUGGAGCCUUCUCCGGAGCGGAUGCAGGAAGUGGUGAAGACCAUCGUGUAUGAGACGGGUCCAGUGGCUCCGUCCAGCGAAUUCAAAACCGAAGUGCCGACUCAGAAUGGGAACAGCGGAACCCAACAGUCGUUCCAGAGCAGUCAGACCGAUGUGACCAGUGCCAAUGAUCUCCACGGUUUGUCCGAGUCGAAAGUGAUCACUGAGCAUCGUUGCACCACCGAGGCAACCAUGCGUCUAGAGCACAAAUCGAACUACCUGGAUCUGCCCGAGCUGACCUCGCGACCCAAGACACCGACCACAAGCGACACCAUCACCAUCACCACGAACACAGCCACUGCCAGCAUGGUUCAGCCCGAUCAGACACAUCCCACCACCACCACAACCACCUCCACAACCAAAGCCCCACCGCCCGUGCCACCCAAGCCCUGUACACCAGUGGUGGCCACCACCUUUGGCCAACAGCAGCAGCAACUACCGCAGACGUUGACCAGCACCAGAUACGAGCAGAGCGAGCACAAGUCGACCACCUCCUCGUCCUCGUUUGACUACUUCAAGAAGAUCGAUGAGGAGACGGUGACCCAACGACCCAAGCCACUGGCCUUUAAACCCCUGGAGACUGUAGUGCGACAACCGCAGGCGCAAUCCCUGGCGGAGGAACUCAGAAGUCUUAACUUGAUACCAGGAGAUGCCCCGGAGUUCUGCUACUCACCAAAAGCAGAAAGAAGCGAACCGAAGGUACCACUAAUCACCGAGAAGAUCAAGAUACUUUCCGAGGUCCAACCCAUGGAGCCACCACCGCAGGGUGGUGUACCCGUAUUUCCACCGCCUUUGGGUCUCCAAACUGUGCAACACGAAACCACAACAACUAAGGAGGUGAAGGUGGAGUAUGGACAGCCCAUUGUGCGUCCUGCAGCGGUUCUGGCUACUCCUGCCCAACAGAAUCCACGUUCACCAUCUCCAAAACCCUCCGCCGAAGGAGUGGCCAUGUCGAGGCUAUGGACACCCUCUGGGGUCACUGGCUACACCAGUGAUGUGGAGCAGAAAUCGGAGAAAACGGUGAUCACCAAGUUAACCACACCUACUCCAACCAAGGAGCUGAAUGCACCUUUCCUGGUGAAUCAGAUAGUGAAGAGCAUAGCUCCGACCACAGCGCCUGUAACUCACAUGGUAAAUGUGGAACUGGAACCUGGAACUCCACCAGAGAUUUGCUUUGCUCCCAAGGUGGAAGAAACUCGCCGUCGUUCUAUUGUCGAGAGUAUGGAACAGAAGCUUGAACAGAACUUAAUCCAAGGACCCAGCAAAGUCCUGCCUCACUCGGUGCCCACUUUGACACCCACCACUGCACCACAUGUUCAGACGAAACCUUUGGGCAACACCACCUACAGACCACCACCUCCUGUUCUACCCACCCGGUUGGGACUCUACGAAAGCGAUUACGAGAGUGAUCGGUACAAGUACAGUGGCAGUGAAUCGGAUGUGGAGCCGGGAAAUCGCAACCAACAACAACAGGCCACCACUGAGACUUCCUUCAAGUCCAGUGGCUAUGCAGCUGAUACAGAAGAGCAUUCGAGCUAUCGAAAAUCGGAGACAAGUUACUACGAGACCAAGUCAUCAUCCACUAUGGGAAAUGCACCACCGCAGACGCAAUUCCCAAAAUUGCAGCCUGAACCACCGGCACCGGUUUACUUCACCCCGAAGCCACAACAGCAGGCUCAACCUCAAGUCCCACCACAAUCGAAUUUUAGCAGCCAGGAGGCGAAGGACUACAAGUACACCUCGUCGAGUAUGACCAGUAACUACUCCCACAACAUGCAGAGCAGCAGCCGUUCGUCGCAUCACGAAACCAAGUUCUCCUCGUCGGCGGCCCCACCACCAGUGGUCACCUAUCCCAGUCCCAUUCCUGCCCAAAGGAAAACCCCGGCUGCGGAGUUUAGCGACUAUAGCAGUGAGAUUGAUGAACGCUUCCGUUCCGUGUCCCGUGCCAAUGAAUCCGAUGCGGAGAUCAAGGGCUAUCGAGUGGUGUUCCCACCUACACCCACUCCCCGCACUAAUAUUGCCACCAACGGGCAUAAGUCGCCAGUGGUGGUGAUUACGCCCUCGCCCAUGGAAUUUGAGCCUGCUCCUCAGGAGUUGGGUGGCAGCUAUGCCAGGCCCAAGUUUGAACCGAUUGGCAAGGAGAUUCGCCACGAAAUCAAAACAGAGAGCAGUUCGAAGCAGUCCAAGUUUAUGCAGAGCCAGCAGCAAAGUCAGCCUGUUUUCAAGCCAAAACCUGUGGCAGCCAAGUUCAUAGCUGCCACGCAGCAGCAACCCAACAACACCGCCCGUCCGACCAUGUACUACAAUGCUGUUGCUGGAGCUCCGAUGCACCUGGCCAAGGUGGCCACCGAAACGAAGAACGUGAUGCAGAUGCACGAGUCCACGGAGAGCUCUCAGCGGGUGGUGAAUAUGCAGCAGACCAAGAGAGUCAUCCACUUCGAUAGUCCGCAGGAGCAGCGGGAUCAACAGAUUGUGGAACCGUUUCCUUACAGUCCCGCCACAAGCCGCACGCCCUCGAGGCAAUCCCAUCUGCCACCGCCAGCCACUCCCACGAAAUUCAUACCUGGAGAAUUCCGGGAGAGUGAUUACGAGAGUGAGAUCGAAGGAGCACGCAUCCAACCGCUGUGGUCACCAUAUGGCGAUGGUCUGACCAAGGGUUUCAGGCGCGUGGCGCCACCUCAAGGUGCCGGAAGGUCCUGCAGUCUGCCACGAACCUACGAAAGGGUGUUGUCGCCCAUGGAGUUUGAUCGUGGACCCGAAAUGCCCAGCAAGAUCCAAGUGGAUAUCAACACGCUGAGGAAGGAGCAACGCGGUGGAAGUACAGUGACCACCCAGCAUCGUACUCAGUCCUUGAACAGGAACUCCACCAUGAGGCAGCAACAGCAGCAGCAACAGCAACUGCAACAGCAACAGCAGCAGCAGUCCAUGGAUCAGAUAGAUAGGGCCGGAACUCUGCCCCGAUAUGGUUAUAGCAACCUGCAACAGCAGGCCGAGAAUCAGGGACGUCGCAUGGGCUCCACCUUCCUCCAGAAGUCUCACCAAUUCGUGGAUGAUGUGAGCAGGGAGGUGAGGAGCACUGCCUCGAAUGGCAUCCGUCCAGGUUUCAAAAGGGCUCCCAGCGAGGGCAGCAGCCAGCAACCUCAGGCCUUCCGGGAUGAAUCGCGCGUCUCUCAAUACGUGCCGGAACUGCCCAAUACGGAACCCGUCAAUGCGCAUCUGAGUCGCGAUGAGCUGGCACAAAGGCAGCCAUUAUUCAUAACGCCCCUGAAAGACAUCGCAGUCGGUGUGGGCGGAACGGCCCGAUUCGAGUGCAUUGUGCAGGCGCAUCCGCAGCCGCAGGUCAACUGGACGCACAACGGCGGUCACUUGGAGUCCGGCAGCAGGCACUGCAUCGAGUACCGGAACGGCGUGUGCCGGCUAACACUGCCGCAGGCCUAUCCAGAUGACAACGGCAGCUACGCCUGCACCGCCAUGAAUCCACUUGGAGCUGCAACCACCAGCGGAAAUUUGACCGUUUCGAGCACAAACCGUGGAUUUAGAUACUAAGAUUGUUUAAAUGCAACUAUUAUUAUUAUUUGCUUUAUGAUUUGUUCAAUGCCAAAGUUUCGCCUUAUUGUGUGUAUGUAUUCACUGUGCCACUUAUUUCUGACCUAUUGUUUUUGGGUUGGUGGGAUUUAAAGACCCCAGCCAAAGUCCCCAUUAUACAUGCAUACAACAAAGGAAUAUAGUAUUACUUGUGUUUUUGUCGAAAAAAUAAACAAACAUUGAAACGAA